AGCAAUUUUGCAAGCCUCCUGGCUACCCUUCCAUGAAAGCUAUGCUUGUUCAGUCUUUUCCUAAUGGUGGAGUAAUGAACUGUAGCAUUUACCAUGUUGACAGAGGCCUGUAGGUCCAUGAAAGUAACUUCAGGGUUCUUAGCAAUUUUUUGGAGCAUUAAGUGGGCUCAUCUUGGGAUGAAUUUGUUGGGACUCCCACUCCUGAGUAGAUUGCUGUCCAUCUUGAAUGUUCUCCAUUUGUAAAUGAUCUGUUGAAUAAUGGACUUCAUAUUGUUUAGAAAUGGCUUUAAACCCUUGCUUCUCUGAGAUCAACACAGAUAUAUUUUGCCCUUGGUGUGCUGUGUUAACGCAGACCUGAUCCAAACAGAAAUGUCUGCUUUUAUAUACAGGUGAUAGCACUACCUGAUGAUCAAGUAAUCAUGUGCCCAUGAUUGGCAGCAUCGUAAAAACGUCCCAUCCCUACUUCAGACCAUAAAACCUGAGUGCUCAUAUACAAGUCACUGUAAAGCCAGCUGGUUAUUAUAAACUUCCGUAAGUGUGUAAAAUAUCCUUCAUUACGUGAGUCACUAGUUUUUCCACAGGCAGUUUUCACGUGAAAUCUCAGUGUGAAAUCAGGAGAGCCUUCUUUGAUCACUGUCCAAAUCAUCUUGAUAAGUUGUCAUGGUCAAUUUUCACGGUAUCUUUUGUCAUUAGCCUACUUGAUGAUGCUUGUAAACGUUUGUUGUAAAGAUAUGCAUCUUUCUCCUGAAGUUGGUUGUAAAGGACAAGUAGUUUUUUUUUUUUUUGUGAAGUAGUUGGAUAAUUUUUUUUGUCUGUCCCAGAACUCCCUCCGUGACAUCAGUGUUCUUUUCUUGUGCCAAUAAUUUGUGCAAUAAUAACGUGAAAUUGAGUUCAGAUCAACCGUUCCUGUCAAAUCAUGGAUUUCAAGAGGGAGCUUUGUCAGAUCAAGUCUGCCAACUUGCUUGGGGGCCAAAAACCUACAGGGGGAAAAUUAAAGAAUUUAGUUUCCAUACAACAAGUCAUACCUGAUGGUUUCUUGAUGGUGAAGGGUGAUCUGUUAAUUUGACUACACAAUAGCCUAUAUUGAAUCAGUCUGCAUGAAAUUUACCAGGUAGAUACUGGUGCACUUGGUUACCCAAUGACUUUUUGUUCGAAAUUAUGUCCAUAUUACUUUCCUUCUGCUCCCUGUGUUAGGAAAACAGAUAGCUUUUAUGAGGUUAUUAACCACUAAGUGCAUGAUUAGUCAGGUCAUUGUGCUGAUCCAGUGUCUAUGGACACUCCAUAGGAUAUUGAUUGUAAUGAAAUUUUAAAUUAAUAAUGGUGAGUCAUGUGAUUAAGAAAGUGAACAAUCCCUUCAAAACAUAACUUUUAUAAAGGUAGCGUCUGUUCUUUCCUGGUCGUUUUUUCCAUCAGAUGAACAAAAAAUGAGAUAUUUCCAGAUAAAAUUCAAAAACUGAAGCAGGGAAUACAAAGCAAGCCUUCAUGCUUUAUAGCUGGCUGACAUUUUUCAUUUGAACCUGGCGCACAAUGCACAAGUUGACAGGCGGUGUGGUGAAAUUCACAUUGAAGGGGUGGCUCACUCAAAAAUAGGGUUGGGUAUCAUUUAGAUUUUAUUGAUUCCGGUUACCAUUUUAAUUCUGUCGAAUCCGGUUCUUAUCGAAUCCUGGUUCUGAUACCUGUCACACUGUUUGAGUGCAAAAAGAAACCAAAAUGUGUUGUACGCCAAACCAAUGGUGGAGGUGGAUGGGUGAGGUGGAAUGGGAGGUUUGCUGUUGUGGCCGAAAAAUCUGUGGAAUCUGUGUGACGCUGUCGAGUCAGCAUGGACCAGAAUCCCGAAGGAAUGUUUGCCGCACCUUGCUGUUGAAUCCCUGUCCUGAAGAUGUCAAGCUGUUCCUGAGGCAAAAAUGGGUCCUACCUGGUAUUAGAUAGGUGACCAAAUGCAAUGCUGCUCUUCAGACACUGUCCAGGUCUUACCCGGGUUGGGCUGCUCAAGCCUCAGAGGUUCCAGCCGAGGCCCGGGGCGGCCUCUGCUCUGGCCCCGUGGGCUCGCUGGGGCAGCGGCGGUGGCGGCGAUGGCGGCGGGGGGCGCGACUCGGGGCAGUACUUCCACGGUCGCGCCCCUGGCUGGGGCCACCUGUUUGCCGGGCUGCUGGCGGGGACAGGCGCUGUACUGGCUUACGGCCUUCACCAAAACCGGGUGGAACGGGCGGCCACCACCGCCCAGCCCGUGGGGGAAGCCCCAAAGUUCCCCAUCUUCACGCAGGAGGAAGUGGCUAAGCACCGCACCCUGGCCGACGGCGUGUGGGUGACCUACAAGGGCGGGGUUUAUGACAUCACCGACUUUGUGGCGGUGCACCCGGGCGGCUCCAAGAUCAUGCUGGCGGCCGGGGGGGCGCUGGAGCCCUUCUGGGCCAUGUACGCCGUGCACGGGCAGGAGCACGUGCUGGAGAUCCUGUCCGAGUACAAGGUGGGCGAGCUCUGCCUGCAGGACCAGCGGCAGCAGCAGGUGGCGGGGGCCUCGUGCUCCGACCCCUACUCCGGCGACCCCCCCAGGCACCCCGCGCUGAGGGUCAACAGCCAGAAGCCCUUCAACGCCGAGCCCCCGUCCGAGAUCCUGUCGGAGAACUUCAUCACCCCCACGGCCUUCUUCUUCAAGCGGAACCACCUCCCCGUGCCCGAGGUGGACCCCGCCACCUACCGGCUGGAGGUCGAGGGGCUGCCGAACGGGCCGCUGUCCCUGUCGCUGGACGAGCUGAAGACGCGCUUCCCCAAGCACACGGUGACGGCCACCCUGCAGUGCGCCGGCAACCGCCGCUCGGAGAUGAACCGCGUCAAGCAGGUCAAGGGGCUCAACUGGGGCAUCGCCGCCAUCAGCAACGCCACCUGGGCGGGCGCCCGCCUCCGCGACGUGCUGCUGGCCGGCGGGUACGCCCCCGGCGGCGGCGCCGUCCGCCACGUGCAGUUCGAGGGCCUGGACAAGGACGUGACGGGCACCACCUACGGGGCGUCCAUCCCCGUGGGCAAGGCGCUGAGCGAGGAGGGCGACGUCCUGCUGGCCUACGAGAUGAACGGCGAGGAGCUGCCGGCCGACCACGGCUUCCCCGUGCGGGCGGUGGUGCCGGGCACGGUGGGGGCGCGCAACGUCAAGUGGCUGGGCCGGAUCGUGCUGAGCGCGGAGGAGAGCGCCAGCCACUGGCAGCAGAACGACUACAAGGGCUUCGCGCCCUGCACCGACUGGGACACGGUGGACUUCAAGUCGGCGCCGGCCAUCCAGGAGCUGCCGGUGCAGUCGGCCAUCACGCAGCCGACGGAGGGCGGCGUGGUGGAGCGCUCCGCCGAGGAGGUGACGGUCAAGGGCUACGCCUGGAGCGGGGGCGGGCGGGAGGUGGUGCGGGUGGACGUGUCGCUGGACGGGGGCCGGACGUGGCAGGUGGCCCGGCUGCGGGGCGGGGAGGUGGAGGUGGAGGAGGAGGGGGAGGGGGAUGGGGAGGAGGGGGAGGAGCGGAGGAGCGUCUCCCCGCCUCCGCCCCCUCCGGGCCGGGCCUGGGCCUGGAAGCUGUGGGAGCUGACGGCGCCCCUGCCCGAGGACGCCCGGGAGCUGGAGAUCGUGUGCAAGGCGGUGGACAGCAGCUACAACGUGCAGCCCGACUCGGUGGGGCCCAUAUGGAACCUCCGGGGCGUCCUGAGCAACGCCUGGCACCGCGUCCGGGUGACCGUGAGCGAGGACUAGGACCGCCCGUGGGUUCCCCCUCAGACCGAGUUCGGCUCAGCGCACACAGAGCCGCGUUCUGAUCCGGACUGAACCUCCAGGGGCCCCGGGCCAGGGCCCCAGGGCCCCACACACUGUUCGUCUGUGAGAGGGGGAGGAAUCCGCUCUGCUCUGUAACUUGGUCUCAGCUUUGAAUAGGAAAAUGCAGCGAUGAAAGAAAAAACACCGUUACUGACUCAGGACCGAAAAUUCAAAGCAGGAUCCUCCUACCGUCUGUUUCCUUCACGCACAAACAGAAGGACCUUUUUCGUGGUUGUGAGAAAUGAAUUGGGGUAAAUGGCUUUGGUGGAAAACUAGGUUUAUGAAGACAUAGCGGCCUGGGAGAUUAUAACCCAACAGCUGCUUAAAAUACACCAAACACAUAAGCUCACUGCAGUCUAUCCCUUGGAAGGUUCUAGAAGACUCCUUCACAUUUGGAUUCUGUAAUUCUGUACAAUUUUAAAAUAAUCUUUAUUUUAUCAAAAAUUUAUCAAAUUUUUUAAUUUAGUCACCCACUUUAAAUUUUAUAUGAAAACGAUAUAAUUAUCUGCUUCCUACUUUGAGAAGCUAAUAAAAAUAAACACAUUUUAUUUUCAGCAUGACCAAAGAACGUCACUGGAUUCCCUACCUUCCAGUGAUUGCUUAUGAUAAAGUCAUGAAACACUAAUGUUCUAACUACAAAAUAUAAUAUUUCAGAAUUUGUACUAUAUUAUGCCGGCUGCUCUAACAUAACUGAUACCUGCUUGUUUGGCUCCGCCUACGGCUUCUGAUAAGUGUCUGACAGUCACUGGCGAACAAGCAAGAAGGACAUCAAUGGUUUCACAUUUUAUUUGGGCCAGGCGCCAACCAUGUGAAAGUAUGCUUUUAUUUAGCCUUUUAUCAUUUUAAUUUUCCUUUAUCCGUGAAUAUCUUAUUUGUCACAAAACUUGGGUGAUCUUUGUACUUGGUUGGUUCAAGUGACGCUACCACUCAAUUGUGCCAUUUAUGUGUUCCAUGGAGUAUUCCACUGAAUAUUCCAUCAAUAAUGAUUGGUCUGUGAUUGUGAAAUUUUAGAUACUUUAUAAAUGAUCAAAAAGUCUUACAAAUCUCUUAGCAAUUGUAUGGCUGCCACAUGCCCGUCAACUGCUUUAUUUAUCGUCGUUGCGUUUAAAUUAUCCGGUCAUGACCUGGUGGUGGGUCUGGCCUUUUUGUGGAUUUCAUUUUUUUUUCCGUCCACACCUUCAUAGGAACUAGCCAGAGAUUUAGGGUUUUAACAAACAAGCUAAGCUCAUGCUAACAUUUGAUAGACGUAGACUGCUUUAAAUAAAGCUCACUAAACAUGAUUUAAGACUAUUCUUACAUCUUGUUAAAUGAUAAUUGUAAUUUCCAUUUGAUGUCUGUAUGCACGGUUUCAAAUGUAGGUAGACAAUUAUUCUUAAUUUGACAGGUGUCAUGAUGAUUCAUGUUUGUUGGGUUCAUUAUUGGAGUCAAGAAGCUAUAUUUCAAAAGGCAGAAUUCUGCUUAUUGGUUUGUUAUGGAUUUAAAGAUGUGAUUUGCAGUGAAGGGAUUUGGUGACUGUUUUGUAAAGAAUAGAAAAUUUACCUGUAGUCAUUAAUGUUGGAUAUUUGGUUAAAAAUUGUUCAGCCACGUUUAAAGUAGGAUAAAGGUAUUCAUACUGGAUAUUUUACUUAGUGUGUCCGUUACUGCUGAAACCGGGUAGCACAGGUUUUGUUCCUGGGUCUUAAACAAACUGAAGACUGAGUAAUCAAGGGACAAAAAGCACUUUAAUUGUUUGUUUCUGUGUCAUAACAGUGUUGAAUCCCUUUCCUAACAUUCAUGUGUCAUCUUGAAUCAUUUGCAAUUCCAGCAGGUCUACUACAGUGCCUUAAGAUUUGUUUUAAAAUAGUAUAAUUUAUUGGUGUAUGAUCAAUCAUAUUUUAUUUUUAGACAUUGUCUAAUUAAAUUACGUGCAAUUUAUGAAUGCAACAGUGUGGUUGUGCUUUUCAUGAUGGUGUAAUAAAAAUGUAUUUUUCUGUGU